AUGCCGCCAAAGCGCGCGGCGCUCCCCACCAAGGAGCGAGGCCUCUUCCAGCGACUUAUCCAAGAGUACGAAACCAAGAAGUACAAGCUCGGCCUGAAAACAGCUGACACCAUCCUGAAGAAGUUUCCCGACCAUGGCGAAACGGUAGCUAUGAAGGGUCUCCUUCUCGGCUCUAUCCACCGUCGCGAAGAGGGGAUCGAACUCGCUAAAAAAGGUGUUCGUCUCGACCUCACUUCAUUCAUCUGCUGGCAUGCGCUCGGCAUCUUGCAUCGUCAAGAUAAGAACUACGAAGAGGCUAUAAAGUGCUAUACUCAAGCAUUGCGCAUCGAAGGCGGUGGGAACAUCAACCUCCUCCGCGAGUCGGCGUUCUUGCAGCUACAGUUGAGGAACUACCCGCCGAUGGUCGAGAACCGAUUGACGUUGCUACGAAUGCAGCCACAUCUCAGGAUGAACUGGGUCGGGCUGGCUGUGGCCCAUCAUCUGGCAGGGUCCUUGGACGCAGCAGUGCGCGUGCUAGAGGGAUACGAGAAUGUGAUGCGCGACAUUCCGGAUAGAAGCUACGAGUACAGCGAGGUGCUUCUGUAUCACGCCAGUAUCUUGGAAGAGCAAACCAAGUUCCAGGAGUCGCUCAAUAUCAUCGAAGCGGGCGAAAAACAUAUCGUUGAUAUUCGUGGCAAGCAGGAAGCACAGGCAAGGUGCCUCGCCGGGCUUGAAAAGAAGGACGAAGCAGAAGCGCUGUGGAGACAGCUUAUUCAGUCGAACCCCGAGAACAAGCGAUACUUUGCCGGUCUGCUCAACUUGCUCGGAAUCUCGCAGAGCUCGUCGGACAGCAAGGCGGUUGAAGUGUUCAAGGGCUUGCAAGCUGACCACCCCAAGUCGACCGCUGCCAAGCGUCUCGCUCUCAUUCACGCUACUGGUGACGACUUUCGAGCUCACGCUACCGCGUACCUCAAGUCGGCGCUGGUCAAGGGUGUGCCAUCGCUUUUCUCCGAUCUCAAAUCCCUUUACCAAGACGCCACAAAGCAAGCCGCGGUCGAAGAAAUUGUCGAAAUGCUUCGCCUCGAAUGGGCCCCUACCUCUGCUCCUUCGGCCGACGGCACUGACCCACCUACCUCGUAUCUCUGGUCGCUCUACUACCUCGCCCAGCACUACUCGCUUACAGGCGACUCGCAAAAGGCUCUGCACUACAUCGACUCGGCCAUCUCGCACUCAUCCACCUUACCGGAGCUGCACAUGGUUCGCGCACGGAUCCUCAAGCGGGCUGGCGACCUACUCGGCGCGUCCUCGGCCAUGACUGAUGCGCGUCUGCUCGAUGGUCAGGAUCGAUUCCUCAACUCCAAAGCCGCCAAAUAUCUGCUUCGCGUUAACGACACCGAAGAAGCAGAACGCGUCGUCGGACUGUUCACCAAGCCCGACGCUCCUUCGCCUACAUACGACUUGAACGAGAUGCAAGCGCUAUGGUACCUUGUCGAAGAAGCCGAAUCGCACCUGCGCGAGUGCAACUACGCAAUGGCGCUCAAGAGGCUCAGUCAGCUGGAUCAGACCUUCCAAGAGUUCUGGGACGACCAGUUGGAUUUCCACUCGUACUGCAUGCGCAAAAUGACUCUUCGUUCGUACGUUCAGCUUGUUCGUUUUGAAGAUCAGCUUCGCACCCACCCGGUCUACAUGCGCGCAGCAACCGCAGCGGUCCACAUCUACACUUUAUUGCACGACAACCCUUCUACGCCAGCAUUGAUCGAAUCGGCCAAAGCGGAUGAAGACGCAGCGCUUGCCGGGUUGUCGGAAAGCGAAAAGAAGAAGGUGUUGAAGAAACAACGUCAAGCCGAAGCCAAGCGUCUUGCCAAAGCGGAAGCCGAGGCAGCCGAGAAGAAGAAGAAGCUCGAAGAAGCCGCGGCGAACGGUGAGUCGGUGGAAGAUGCUGGACCGAAGCCUGAUUUGGAUCCAAAGGGCCUCGAGAUUUUCAAGGAUGCAAAGGACAAGCCGUUGAAGCUAGCGGAAAAGUGGGUGAGGUUCUUGCAAACUCAUUCGAGCAGUAAAGCGGCGACGUGGACUGCGACAUUUGAAGUGGCGGUGAGGGACAACAACUGGUUGCUGGCCACGAGGGCUGUAUCCCAGCUUCACAAGAUCGAGGGAACCACAGCCAAGGUGGUCGAGAUGCUUGUGCGACUCAAGUCAAAGCUGCCUGAGCUGUCUGCUGCACCGAAACCGAUUGGGUCGGUGAUCGAGUGCGCACUGGCCAACAUUGUUGCUGCCGACAAACCCAUCGCUACACUCUACGCCGAAUCCCUGCAGAGUGACACUUCAUCGACGCCAGAAAGCGUACUAUACAAUGCCAAGACCGCUCUCCUACUCGAUAGGCGCGACGAAGCCAUCGCCCUGCUCCUCAACCUCCCCUCUACCAUCCUCGACCUCAAACGGCCCCGCGCCAAAAACCAGGCGCUCGAAACUGCCCUCUUGGCACGCACUUUACUCGCAGAACUGUCACAGGAAAGCCUCCCCGAGUACGACCAGAAGGCAUCGGCUGUCUUCCCGCUAGCCAACGCAUUCAAGUCGAAAGACGUCCUGGAGGCCGAAAAGAGGCACAGGGAGGAGCAGAGACACAAGUGGGCAAAGGCCGACGCGGUGCAGGAAGGCGAGGUUACGGACUCUAACGGCACCGUCUCGCACGAGCCGCUCAUGUAA